AUGGAAACGGUUGAUGGUUGUUUAGACUAUGCCUUUGCGUCGAGGGAUCCGUUCAACAUCCCUGAACUAGCAAGACUGCUGAGCGACUUAGAAGAGUAUCACCAAAAGAAGCUCCAAAAGGAAACACAAAAGAAGUUGGAGAAACAAGCUGCAGCAACACAAGAGCCAGCACCAGCACCAGCAUCAACAGAAGCACCAAAACCCAAGAAAAUAAAAGCUUGGAAACCACGAACACCACGCUGCCAUCAAAUUGCUCUCCGCCCAUCCACUUUCGACGUACGCCGCAUCAAAGGCCCCACAGAGAUCAUCAUCAUGAUCAUGGAUCACCUUCCUCACUUCCGCGAUAUUAAGACCCUGAUGUGGGUGUUUCCGCAGUGGAGACACAUGGUUCCGCAGGCAUGUUGGCGAGAUCGGUUUAUCAAAGAGCUUGCACUGCAUGAGCCAUCUCAGAAUGCUAAUGCGCUGGACUGGCUGUAUCUUUAUUUCUAUGCAGAUCAGUUGCUGGCUAAGUCUCAUGGGUGGUUGUUUUGGAAGCACGUAUUGGAUUCUCUGGAGAAGACGAAAGUUGCUUUUUUGAUUUUCGAUGAACACUAG